UGGAGCUUCAAGAUCAGACGCGACGAGCACAGGCCACGCCACAUUUUCUAAGCACAGGCCACGCCACGCAAUGAUGCCCCAAGCCAAGUUCUCUAAUGCAACCGACCAUGAAUGAUGUCUAUCGCGAGGUGAAGGAAGGUCCAUUCCGCGGACUCCGUAUGGAAGGCGUGUGCCAAGCAGCCGGCCGACGACGUGGCGGAGUCCAAAGCACGGUACGCUUUGUGUCUCUUGUCGGGCGCCCCUAGGGGACCCUGUCGUUCGGUUCUACGACUGAGGGGGUUCAGCAUGAGGGCGUGUCGUCUUCGUUCAUUUUGCCAUUUCAACGCGAAAAAGAGAGGUUUUUAUAUUAAAUAGGCCUUCCCUCUCUUACGCUGUUGAAGGGCUUAAGAAAGUUGACGACAUGGUGCGGGAUGGAGUCCGGGACGGGCUCCGGACUCGCCUUUGCCGUUAAUCAGACGGCUCGCACUUAACUUGAUGGGUUAACCCUCUAUGCUCUCCGGCGGCAGUCGUAGAAGAUCAGGCACUGAAGUAGAUGAUAUUACAACAAACAGCAUCGACGGAAAGACCACCUCCGAAUGGAAGGAAGAGGGUCGGUGCGAUGGGGCAUGCUUGAAGAGGGCUGAAGAUGCACGAUCGUGGCGUGACAGACGUCUGGGGAUGGAUUCGGACGCGAGCAAGAUGUGUGCCGCAUUUAGGGAAGAGCAUCCGGGAGACCAGUGCGAAGCAAGAUCCAUCUUGCAGAGCCAAGAACACCGCAGAGAGCCCAGCGUGACGCAGACCCCACUAUACAGAGGUUUGAACAUGAUCCCAGUUUGAACACGACAAGGACUUGGACAACAGCCGUGCCUGGCCACCUGACACGAUCCUGCCAAGGGAAGCGGUUGUGCCGUUAUCUUUUGAUCGAUUCCAAACGGCCAGACAGCCGAUGGAGAAUGCUGCAGUGUUACUUCAGGUAAGCGGCCAGACAGCCGAUGGAGAAUGCUGCAGUGUUACUUCAGUAUUCCCAAAAGAUGGGUAACACCAGAAAAAGGGAACCACUCGGCUCGAACUGCUGGAAAUGACACAGAAGUGAAAGUCCUCGUCCGGAGCCGGCAUCACCACAUCCAGGUCACAGGAUAUUCAUCACCACGACCAGGGCGUAGCUCCAACUGCUGGAAAUGACACUCUCAAGGAUGUGCAUUGUAACUGGAGGUUGCAGAGAGUUUGCACCACCACACGCAGUCCUGGAUGGAAACAGAAUUUAUGAUCUAAUCAAAUGGAAGACCGCAAUUGUCCUGAGAUGACGAGGUUAAGUAGAAUUGUCCACAGACGUGCACGGAUAAUGAAAGUCUUGUACAUCCAGGGGACGGAAGAGGUAUACCGGGGCUCAGUACGCAUACCAAUCCUGGAACAGACUCUCUCGAUAACACACGUGUUUACAUGCACAGACGUUUUCAUCGCGUAUCGUAUUCUUAAACGCAAACACAAUUCUUAGUUCAGAUUGAAUCGCAAACGAAGGAUUCGCGAAAGCCACGGACCAUCGCUAGACUAUUUUAUUUUCUUCGCUCAGAUCGAACUGUUGAAAAUGUGGAUUAUAUUUAUGUACUUCAUUUGAACCACAAACGAAGGAUUUGGACAAGACGCGUACCUCUAACCCCUUCAUUUGACGAGACGUGAUACCAAUCUCACAGGCACUGGAUGACGGCAUGCUUCAGGAAUCUCUUUACGACUGAUGCCAUGUGACGACGGGGGCACAUCUUGAAGCAAGAUGACACAAUGGAUGUGGAACCCUCGGCCCCUGAACGAUUGUCGCUAUGGGAGUCAUUAGCAACAGACUUUCUCUGGUGUAGUAUUGUACAUUCGCUACCUGUAGGCCUCUGCAGAAGGAUACGUUGUAUUUUAUCGAAAUAUCUGAUUGAAAGGUGGUUUCAUUCCAAAUCUCAAUAUCAUCCGAUGGCAAAAAGCCUACUUCCAUUUUGUGGCCGUGACAAAAUGUCGGAACACACUUGGAAGGUCUUUAAAAUACUUUCCAUCAGUCAUCGUCGGUCACUCCUCCUAGAUGAUUGUUGAUUAAGAACCAGAACCAGAUCCAAAUAAGUCAAGGUUCUGAUGUACCAGGUCAAAAUUUACUAUCGAGCUGUUAAAAGUUACUUCAUUUUUCUCCAAAAUCACCAAAUUGAUCAGAUAUUUCAAUUUUCCCAUCGAAUGAGACAUGGGGUCCACGUGAUUCUGGUUGGUUCGACCCCAGCCAACCAGAACAUGUGUUGUCUUUGAUGGAACCGUAGGCCUUAUGAACUUUCUCGAUCCAUUCAGUACCACGAACACCUGCGUUUAUUCCAAUCAACUUCAGAGACCUGAUAGUGCCGGUCUCCAUUUGGGACAGAUAUGAAAUUGGCAAACUCUAGCCUCCAUUUUAUACAAGUAUCUUAAAUUUCCUUAAACACGGUAAUUAUCCGGGUGCCUUUCAUUCUUGGUUUCAUCAAUGAUAUGAUAACAAAGGUUAUCCCCAAGACCAAAACAAAUGCAAAAGAAUCGGGCAAAUUCAUUUCCAAAUUUUGAGAUUUCGUUGAAAUAUUUUGUUGAUUGAAAUUUUUCCAAAAUAUUCCAAAUUGAUGUUGGUUCCUGACUUUGCGGUCAAGUGGAAGAGGAGCUCAGUCUUUUCAUGAUAAUUAGUCCAGAAAGAUUCAUCUUGUUUCUUCCUGUGAGUUAUAAAGAUAACAACUGCCCCAUCAAGAAGUUUCCUGUGGUACAGAAUGGGUCAAGCAAGCUGUCGCCAACAUCAACGUCAAUGUCUGACGUUUUAUGUAUUAAUAUGUUUGUAUAAUGAUACAAUAUGUGAAAUUUACAUAUAAAAGCCAUAAUACAUGUAAAGGUGAAUUCAAAAAGUUACUUCUAUUGUUAAACUCGUCCAAAGCAACCGCUUUUGUCAUGCAAAUGAGAAGACUGAUCUGAACGCCUGAUCUAGACGGCCCCUUUUGUCAUGCAAAUGAGAUCACAGCACGGUCCUGUUGAACAUGACGAAAUUGGUUCUUUUGUUAUUUAAAUAACCCACUAACCGAUGUCGUGCUUUUUCGGAUCAAUGAGGUCAAGGUUCGUGACCUGAAUACACCACAGUAGUUCACCUUGCUUGCAUUUACAAUGGUUGUCGCUGCAUGCGACUCAAUUUAUGUUUUUUUUCUGAUCAAAAACUAUAUAGAUAUUCUAGUGGAAAAUGGUUUCCCAAACAAAAUGAACAUAAACAUAAGGGGCCAAAUUUACAAAGGGUGUUUAGCUUAAAACAGCGUUUAAUGUCUGAAUAGACAGAUCAGGGCCUUGCAGGGUUUCUUCAUGAAAACCGCAUUAGGCCCUGAAACUGAUUAUGUAGAAUUUACUCUUAAACACCCUUCGUAAAUUCGGCCCAACAUGUUUUCAACCGGACUGUGCAAGACGGCAUGUAUAACAAUGUGUCCCAAAAGUGUUACAUGUAUCAAUGGCUCUUUGCAUUAUUUUAGAAAUUUUGAAUUUCACACUAUUUAUUGA